AAAAAUAAAAAUUAUUUAAAUUAAAUAAAUAAAUUGGAAAAAAUUGAUGAUCCCUUUCGUGAAUUGGUCACUCACUUUCUAUCUCCAUUUCUGAGGCUCUCUCUCUCUAGUUUUGUUCUCUAAUGGAGUCUCUACGAGUUCUGGGUGGUAUCAUCCAUAUCCCACCAUGCAACUCGUUCUCCAACUCAGUUACAUCUAAGCUCGAUAAUGGCAGAGCAGGUAGACAAGUGGGUGUUACAACAACAACGAGGAGGAGAAGAAGAAGGAACAAUAAUAGUAAUGGCGGAGGAUUGUGUGUGAAGCUUACUGGUUCGGUUUUAGGUGGAAGCGAUGAAAGUAGAUUGGGUUUUGGAGGAGCUGGUGCUUCUACUUCACGAGAUCAUAAUGAUGAUGAUGGUGGUGGUCGGACUCGGAGGAUUGAUCGUGAAAAAGGUCUCAUUUUGGGUGCAGAGAGAGAUGAUUCUGGCUCUGUUGUUGGGUUUAAUUUGAUCCCUCAUUCUGAUGACUCCCUUGCAAAUGCGAUUUCUGAUGAAAUAAAACAAGCUGAGGACAUUGAUGGAGUGGAGAAACCACAUACCAAAACAACCUACAAUAUUGUCUUUGUUACUGCUGAAGCAGCUCCUUAUUCAAAGACAGGUGGCUUAGGAGAUGUUUGUGGUUCUUUGCCUAUUGUACUUGCUUCUCGUGGCCACCGUGUCAUGGUUGUCUCUCCUAGAUAUCAAAAUGGUACUGCUGCAGACAAGAACUUUGAUGGUGCUGUCGAUACUGGUGCUCGUGCUAAUGUAUUAUGCUUUGAAGGAGUGCAAGAAGUUGGUUUUUUCCAUGAGUACAAGGAAGGUGUUGACUGGGUGUUUGUGGAUCAUCCAGCAUAUCACAGACCUGGAAAUCCUUAUGGAGAUGUUUAUGGUGCUUUUGGUGAUAACCAGUUUCGGUUCACUUUACUUUGCCAUGCAGCAUGUGAAGCUCCAUUGGUGAUUCCAUUGGGAGGUUUCACCUACGGGGAGAAAAGUAUUUUCCUUGUUAAUGACUGGCAUGCAGGACUUGUUCCAGUGCUUUUGGCAGCAAAAUAUAGACCAUAUGGAGUUUACAAGGAUGCUCGGAGUAUUCUCGUAAUCCAUAACCUGGCACAUCAGGGAGUCGAACCUGCAAUAACAUACAAGAAUUUGGGACUUCCUGCGGAGUGGUAUGGGGCAUUGGGAUGGGUGUUUCCAGAAUGGGCAAGGACCCAUGCUCUCGACACUGGUGAAGCUGUCAACAUUCUAAAGGGUGCAGUUGUGACAUCUGAUCGGAUACUGACAGUCAGCAAGGGAUAUGCUUGGGAGAUCACUACUGUUGAAGGUGGCUAUGGUCUACAAGAUCUGUUAAGCAGCCGAAAGAGUGUUCUUAACGGUAUCACAAAUGGAAUUGAUGAUGUUGAUUGGAACCCGUCUACAGAUCGCCACAUCCCAAACCAUUAUUCCGCUGAGGAUCUUUCUGGCAAGGUCCAAUGCAAGGUUGCUUUGCAGAAGGAGUUAGGUCUUCCUGUUAGGCCUGAUUGUCCAUUGAUUGGAUUCAUUGGGAGAUUGGAUUACCAAAAAGGUAUAGACGUGAUUCAGCAAGCUAUUCCAGAGCUCAUGCAGGACGAUGUACAAUUCGUUAUGCUGGGUUCUGGAAAUUCACUGUAUGAAGAAUGGAUGAGGGAAGCAGAAUCAUCUUAUAAUGACAAAUUUCGGGGUUGGGUUGGAUUUAAUGUCCCGAUUUCACAUAGGAUAACUGCAGGCUGUGAUAUACUGCUGAUGCCUUCGAGAUUUGAGCCCUGUGGCUUGAAUCAAUUGUAUGCGAUGAGAUAUGGAACUAUCCCGGUAGUUCAUGGCACCGGAGGGCUUAGAGAUACUGUUGAGACUUUCAAUCCAUAUACUCCGGAUGGGGGAGAAGGCACAGGGUGGACAUUUUCUCCACUAGCCAAAGAUGAGAUGUUGGCGGCAUUAAGAACGGCUAUUCGGACUUACAGAGAGCACAAGUCUUCUUGGGAUGGAUUGAUAAAAAGAGGUAUGCAGAAGGACUUCACAUGGGAAACUGCUGCGGAACAAUACGAGCAGGUCUUCGAAUGGGCCACCGUUGACCCACCUUAUGUCGGUUGAGCCACAAGGCGAUGAGAAAAAAAUGGUGUUACACGAGUAAAACCGAUCCUGGUAAUGGCUGAAGUAGGCAAUACUUUUUGUUGAUCAUAAAUCCAGCUGCUGCAUAAAACAGACUAAGUGUUGCCCUUGAUGCUUAGGUAGUUAAGUCGUUACCAUAAUUUUGAUUCAUCUUCUUUUGAUUAGUGAUUCUGCUAUUUAAACUUUGUCAUUAGACUAACUGCUCUUAUGACCUUUGUGGUUACAAAAAAGCUACUGUAAAAUGUUGUUUUACAAUGAUUGGAAAAUGGGAAUGUCCAUAUUUUGUGUUGUUGAGCCAA